AUGUCGGAAAACGCGGGGAAAGGAUCGACGCGCCAAAUUAUACGGCCACCUAGUGAUAAUAAUUUGCAAGGCUGGAAAAGAAGCCGAAUCCGUCCCCAAAACCUCCCAUGGACCACGUUAUUCAAGGGGGAAAACACAAACAAGGACAAGAAAACAACAAUGGUUUCCCAUGAGAAGAACGCUCUCUUCACCUGCAGUCAAUGCCACCGUCGAUACUCCACCCAGAGUGCCCUGUUGCGCCACCAAAAGAGCCACGAUAGGAGCGCCUGGCAUUCAUGUGAGAUCUGCAACCUCAAGUUUUCACGAACCGAUAUUCUUCAGCGCCACAAACAACUGCAUGGUAACGGCAACGGGCAAUCGGAGCGCAAACGCGCCAUCAAGGCCUGCGAUGGAUGUCGCCGAAACAAAAUUCGCUGCACUGGGGACAAUCCGUGCCAGACCUGCUCUAAACUGGGCAAGAAAUGCACCUAUUUGACGCACGUGGCUCGACCAAGUGUCCAGGGCUUGCACAAAGAACGUAAACAGAUCGUCGCCUCUAGGGAAGAAAAUCCAAGUGAUGUCUUCGCGCCAAAAGACAUCAUCUCGACCGCUGACCCUGUCCCGACUGUGCCCAUUGGUGCAAAUAGCAACAACAAAAAAAAUAAUGAAUUCGUCGCCCCGGACCUCGUAGCUGCAGCCAUGACAGACAACUAUAACACCGCGCGAUUAGCAGAGAACCCCCAAUUGUUCACCGAUAUCGAUCGAUUGCUGGCUCAAUCACCCAACCUCGUGGCCUUGACUUCGAAGGGCGACAGGAAUAUCGAUUUCCUACUGCCACGAUCCCCUGACGCGAAUACCGGUGGCUCCCCUAGUUUUUUUGAAUUCACCCUGGGCAGUGGGCUCGACCAGCCCAUGUUUCCAGUCACCCAAACCCCAUAUCUAUUGAAUGAAAAACUUCCCGAUCCCGUCAUGCAAAAUAUAUUUUUACCGCACAAUGUCGUUCGCGACAUGGUUCACCAGGCAGCUGUCGAUUUCCUGGAGCUGGGGACCAAGGAUGCCGUAUUUCGCAGUCGCAAAAGGCGAAACUUUUCGCAAGCGAUAGAGAAAUUUUUCAACCUGUCCAACUAUAUGGAGGGGAAGCCAACCCACGUACUGCAUACCUUUUUGUCCUCUUUCUUCGAGAAUUUCUCAGUACUGUGGCCCAUUACCUGGCACCAAGGAGCCGACCAUGAUACAGUUGAGCCGUUGCUCUACCUGACCAUGACAGCAAUCGGAGCCAUGCACGCCGAGUCCCCAAAUGCAGCAGCGUACGGCUUAGCACUACACCAAGAGCUAUGUGCAGUCCUUCCCAAUUCUUGUUUGCUGUGCCCGGACGAGGAGAUCAAGUUAGAAAUCAUCUUUGAGGCUCUGCUUCUCAGUGAAACAAUGGCACUUUAUCGCGGAGACUCACAGGCCUGUGGAUUUGUUCAGCAAGCCCGAGCUGUCCUAGUUUCCCAUGCGCGCAGACUCGGUCUUUUCCACGAGUUACCUGCCCAGGAAUCCAACGACUCCGCUAUGGAAGUCUGCCACAAUCAGACCGAAAAGGAGCUGCAACAGUGGAUUCGGAUGGAGCGACGGCGCCGAAUGGCGUUUGGAUUCUUCCGAUGCGAGGUAUUUUCCAGUUUGCUAUUCAACACCCGUCCGUUGAUCGGGUCGGACGAUUUACGUCUCAGAAUCCCCUGCGAUCAUGAAACUUGGAUGUAUGUCGGCCCGGAGUGGAGAGAAAAACUGCUCUUGGUCGCUGAAGAGGCUAUCUCGUAUCCGCUAUACUCUGAGCUCAUGCGUGCAGCAACUGAGGGCGAAAAUUCACAACUUCCUCCACUCAACGCGUCAGCUCAUGAGCUCGUUCUGUAUGGUCUUCAGAUACCACUCUUGGCUUCUUUCCAUGACAAUGGCAAACCAUACCAGGAGGUGCCAGAGUUUGGAAAUCCUUAUGCAGCCGACUCCUCUUUUUCGUUUUCCGGAUUGCAGGAAUCUCGUCUUGCAAGUGGGAUGGCGUUACCCGAGAUUCUUCGUCUUAUAGAUGGGUGGAGAGCUACCCACGAUCGACUUCUGUCAACAGACCGGCUUAAUGGCAAAGCCCCUUCUGGAGAGGGUUUCUCGCCGCGACUUCUCUAUCACAUGGGAUAUAUCCGAAGUAAUGCGGAUUUAAUGGCACUGCAAAGCGUCGCAUCGUAUAACAGUAACAAAGAGGAGGGUAGCCCCCCAAUGGCAGACUUCUCGCAAGACCAGUUGAUCCUACAACAAGUCCGGCUAUGGACAACGACAGAUUCUGCAAAAGUCGCUUUGUCGCACGCGUGCCAGAUCUGGGCUUUGGCUGAAAAGCACCUGGCACAGUCCAAGACAAAAGAUACAUCAAGUCUGAAGUAUGAUCAAGACAUCAACAUCGUCUCGAUGAUAUCUCUCUACUAUGCCGCCAUCGUCAUCUGGGUCAUGGCAGAAUUGUGCCCUGAUAUCAGUAUUCGUAACAUUCGUCAAGGCGUCCGCCAAAUAGGUGAUGUAGUGGAGAGAGCAAGCACUUCAUCGUGGCAGAUGGCAUCUUCGCUUAUAAUGAACACUAAGGCACUAGCUUAUAAGGGGCUAUAUUAUUUCUAA